UCAUUCUCUCUCUGCUGCCGGCCCGCGGCCAGUCCCUCCCUCCCUCUCAUUAUCUCUUUCUUUCUCUAUUCUUUCUUUCUCAGAGAGAGAGAGAGAGAGAGAGAGAGAGAGAGAGAGAGAGAGAGAGAGAGAGAGAGAGAGAGAGAGAGAGAGAGAGAGAGAGAGAGAGAGAGAGAGAGAGAGAGAGAGAGAGAGAGAGAGAGAGUUAGUGAAAUGAUAAUGUUAUGGCUGAAAGAAAGGCAUUAACCUGUGGUCCCGUGAAACUGCCGCCGAGAGAGGUUCCUAUUAAACUGACAAUGUGACAGUGAGACAGUCUUAUCCAUUAGCUCGAUGACUUGAUCGGAACCAUUGACGGUUUUCUCAACACCAAGUCAGACAUUCACCUCAGCAUGGCCUCCAGUAGUCACUCCUGUUCAGGUUGUGGGAAGGAAGUGCGACCACGGCAGCAUGCUCUACUGUGUGACAACUGUCACCAGUGGAGACACAGAGUGUGUGACACAAACAUGACUCAGGAGAUGUACAGGCGGAUUAACAAGGAAUUGAAGGAGGGCGGAUCUUUUGACUGGACGUGCCCUGAAUGCCCUAAGCCCCACCACUCCCCCAUCAGUAGUGCCUGUCAGUCUCCGCUCGACCACUCCUCCGUCAGUGGUGCCUGUCAGUCUACGCCCAACGCUGCUACGCCCCACCACUCCCCCAUCAGUAGUGACUGUUACUCUACGCCCCGCCACUCGAUGGAGGAUUCCUAUGAGUCUAUGACUAUAGUUGAUCUAAACAGUUCUUUUACGGUGGAUUUACCCAUCGAUCAAGUUAUCCCAGUGCAAGAAAUUUCCCUAGAAAAUGAACCACUGAUAGAAGAAAAUCUAACUGAUAAUCAACCAGUGACGUUUGAAAUUGUUCCCGGUGGUACAAAGCGCGGGAAGCCACGACUGCACGCUUCGGAUGGAUACAUGUAUACAAUAAGAAAGGAAACUGAAUCUGUAACAUAUUGGACUUGUGCCAUUCGCCAAAAGAAUAACAAGUGUCCAGCAAGUGUGAUUCAAAGAGGUGCAAAUUUCAAGGCAGGGCAACACACCCACAGCCAUCCCCCUACACCUGGACUCCUUUCUGCAACAGCAGUAUCGGUAGCCGUGAAAAAUCGAUGUGCGCACGACAACUUUACAUCAGCUGCCCAAAUUGCAGAAGAGGAAUUAGCCUCAUAUAAAGAAGCCCACUCUAAUGCCCACCAGUUACCCAAACUAAUUAGCCUGGUAAAGCAAGGUAACCGGCAUCGUCAAUCUCAAAGACCUCACCACCCGUCUCACCUUGAGUUUGAACUAAUCGCUAACAGUUUGCCGCCAGAUUUCAUUCAAGCAGAUGUAAUUAUAGAAAAUGAUGCCAACCUCAUUAGCUCUCGCCAUAUUAUCAUGGCCACUGAGAAUCAAACUUCACCUCUUGAGCAAUACCAAACAGUGGUAUAUUGAUGGUACAUUUAGAAUAGUCCGGCAACCAUUUUAUCAACUUUUGUCCAUACAUGCCUUCCUUAAGUCGGACGAACAUGCAAAGCAAGUGCCCCUCUUAUUUGUUUUGAUGAGUGGGAAAAAAAGAGGAAGACUAUAGAAAAGUGUUUGAAGCCAUCAAUACGUUGCUGGAGGCAGACCCAGAGGUAGAAGAAGUCAUUAUGGAUUUUGAGGUAGCUAUGUGGAACGCUGUAAGGAAUGUAUAUCCCUCUGUUCAUUUACAUGGGUGCAUUUUCAUUGGGCUCAAGCCAUGUGGCGGAAAGUGCAACAAGUUGGCUUAGCGACUUCUUAUAUGGAGCGUGGUCCAGUAUACGAUUUUAUAAGCCAACUUUUUGCUCUUCCCUAUCUGCCAAAACGUCACAUUCGACCAGCCUUCGAAACGCUACAAGAAAGAUCACAGCUAUGCGAGCCUACAAGGGAACUCACUGACUAUCUAAGUCAAACUUGGCUUCAUAACACUGUCUGGUCAGUGGGCAACUGGUGUGCGUUCUGAAGAUUAGUGCGCACAAACAAUGAUGUCGAAGGCUGGCAUAGACGCAUUAACACACGCGCCAAUAAACACAACAUAUCUAUAUACCUCCUCAUUCCGCUUCUUCACAAAGAAGCAAUGAUGGUUAACUUGCAGUUGCAGUUAGUUGCUGAGCAAUCCUUGAAAUCCAGCACAAGAAAAGGAAACAAUAAGAAGCAGGUCCAUCUGUGGAAGUUGUGGGAUGCCUACGAAGAGAAAUCCAUCACCACAACUAAAUUUCUGAGAAGCUGUAAGCAGUUUAUUCCUGGUCCAACAUAAGAGCUGCACAUGUCCUCACUGCUGUAUUUUAACUUUUUCAAUGUUUUAA